UAUCAAACAAACACACACGUUAAGUCCACCGAGUCAGGUUGAAGUUUGAUCAUCAUGAGACUAGCUAACAUACACAUUCUGUCUUGCCUUCUUCUUGGAUCGGUUAUCUUAUCGGAUUGUGCGAAGAAGAAUUUGGAAGAAAGCCAAAAUAAAUUGGACGAGAGAAAGGGGAAUGAUUCAUCGUUUGUUCCAAAAAUUGUUCAUGCGAAGGAUAAAAAAGUACAGGAUCGUUUGAACGAUGAUCCUGAUGAUCCACCCGAGGAAGAAUUUCCAAUUUUACCGCCGUUGAUACUUUUAGAUUUUAAUAACGACACGAUAGAUGCUAACAAGAGUAGCGAAGAAAAAUCUAAACGAACUGUCAAUAAUGGAUUAGGUUAUGGUUUUGAAAAAAAUUCAUUGUUUUCGGGAAAAACCAAUUAUUAUUUCCCUGCUGGUAAAACAGGAACAACAGUUAGCAUCGAGGAAUCCAUCAGUCCAUUUUUACCAAGAACAAUAAUCGAAAAAUAUAUCCCAAAUAAUUCAAAUCGAAACGAGGCUAAUACAUUUAUCAAUUUGCAAACAUCUCAAACAAAUUAUGUACCCAGUACGAAACUUCAAAAGGUUUCAAAUUAUUACGACACGUAUGAUUCAAAUUAUCGAACAAAAAAUGAAAGAUUACAACCGACCUCCACACCAAGUUCUAUUUCAUCGAGUACGCAACGACCACAGAAUCAUUUCGAUUUAAAGUCCUCGAAUUAUUUGCUAUCAAAUUUGAAUAUACCCUCUUAUCAAGGAAACACAAACAUCAAUACAGAUAUAAUUGGACAAAGUGGAAGUAUAUUUCGUCCAACUGUCCAAACUUAUGUUGAACGAGGUCAAAAUGUAUUUCAACCAGCGAUACCUACUAAAGCUACUUUACAAAACGAUGAUUCGCAAAUAUUUAAAGUAGACUAUACAGAUCAUCGGUCAACUGAACAGGCAAAUCCUAAUCAUUUUGGAUUCAAUCAAAAUCAUUUUCGGAUAAUACCUUCUUUGAGUCAAUCCCAGGGUAGAAAUCAAGCUGUUAAUUAUAACAAUGUUCAUUCUCAGACCUACAAUGAUCCAAGACAAAGUCAAACAGUUUCAACAACUCCAAAUUCAUUGGAAACCAAUUCACAAAAUUAUCGAUACUUUCAAAACAUUUUUAAUCCAAAUCAGCAGUACUACGAUGGACAAGGACAACAUUUCAGAGUUGCAUCCCAUGAUUCUUUGGUUUCUAAUAUUCCAAAUUUUAAUAACAAUAGAAAUCAUUAUCAAAGUUAUGCUGAACAACGGCAAAACGAUAGAGCAAUAUUUACAACACCUAGUCCACAAACAAAUUACGAAUACGUUCAGAAUCCUACCACUGAAGCAAAUCUUCCAAGAUAUACGAUUGAAAAUGGUGCACGAUACGAGAAUAAAAUUUUCUGGAAGUAUCCGGAUGGCCGAAUUUCUCACGAACCACCAGCAACUUACGUCGAAACUUACACCGAAGAUUCAACUGCGAGUCCACAAAUAUCGAAAAUUCAAGAAACCUAUGUUGAGACAGAUCUACCAACAGAAUACAGUGUUCAUGCACAAGGUCCAAUACAAUUUCCAAUAGCACCAGAAAUACCCUCACAACAGAGUCAAUUCGUAUCAUCUGAAUCAUUGUCUUCGAACUUGUCACAUCAACAGGCUUAUAGAAUUGGUUAUCAGAAUUUAGUUAGCCAAAGACCGAACGUAUUACUCGCACAAAAAGCAAAAAUGGAAUAUACAACACCGACAGCACCUUCAUUUGUAAGCACAACAUCUUUUUCGACUACCAGAAGGCCAAUAUUUACGACUAAAAAAAAACAGGAUCGUAAUAAUUUAUCAUUGAGUUAUACAACCACAGCACGACCAGUUUCAAGGUACAUGGUAAAUGGACCGGACGCUGAAUACGUCGAUACUACGGAAUCCUCUUUAAAAUUAAAACCAGCUAAUCGAGAUACAGGAAAUAAAGGGAAACAACAAAGUAACAAGAACCUCAACGAUUACAACCAUCUUCAAUAUUCUGAUCUUUUGAGUUAUAAUCCAUCGAUAUCCCAAUACAUCAAAGACCCAUCAUCAAUAUUAAACGUCCGACCAACUUUCGUGCAGGCUGGAAACUCAUUAGUACCUGUCAUCAUCCUUAGAGUAGAUGGUGUACCACCAGUUCAACCUAAAACUACAUCCAAUAUCAAUUUGAAAGCACUUCUUCAAGAAUAUUUAGUACAAUACGCUAACAGUAUAAAGGAAUUAGCUAAACCAACUAAUUACGAAUUAGGUAUUGAACAAUUUAGUCAAACGCAACGUACCAUACAAGCUGGUAAUCGUUUACUUCACUUAGCCCGACAAAAACAAAACGAGAACAUCGAAUCUUCAUCCCCGUCAACUUAUCUAUCAGAUUCUUACCCUGAUCAGAAUAAUUACGAAGAAAAUGUAUUUUUAACUGGAGAAGAAACUCGUCCAAUUGGUAAAUUCGGUGAUCGUACCAACGUAAGACCAAAAACUAAAAGCGUACAAAUAAUAGAUGAUCAGAGAUUUACGACUUACAAUGUUAAAAGUUAAAAAUUAUGUGAUAACGAAAUAAUUAUCCUGUCAUAGUUUUUAUUAUCAUAUUUUUGGGAAGAACUAUUGACAGAGAUGAUUACGGAAUUUAAUAAUUUCCGUGUUGGUGCAUAAAGUAUUAUGGAAUUAAUCGUUUUUUUAUUAGAUUUUACUUUGAUUUAGUAUUUAAUAACGGGAUUGUGCAAUAUGGCCUGUAUUCGUGUAUACAAA